AUGAGCGAUUUGGAAGGCAACGUCAGUAAUUGUCACUCAAAGGACCCUUCAAAUCCAGAUAUUCACAAUGGUACCCGGAAUGCUUAUAGUAAAUCUCAUAACUGUUCAUCAAAAGAAACAGGUUCAGGUUUUAUGCUGCUUAGCGUAAAACACUUAUCAAAAGUCAAAAGGACUAAACAACGUGCAACAAGUAUAGACAGCAAUGUAUCUGAAAGGAAUGGCACAGAAACUUGUGAAACUUUGCCUUUCUCGAACUUCAGUCAAGUGGAUGGUGUUUUAAUGCCUCAGAACACUAUGUGUGAUGAAGCUAUUCAUGAUGUUUAUGGAUCCGGAUCUAUCGAAGCUGAGGAGUUUGAAGACUUUGAUGACCCAGAAGAUGAUAUUGAAAUUAACGAUGAUGGAAAUGGAAUAAGAGAUGCAAGGAUAGUAUCCCAAAACUGUUUUGACGUUCGCUCAUGUUCAGUAAUUCCAACCCCAGUUAAACCAUCAAAUGGUGGGGACAUCUGUCAGUUCCAUCCAUCUACAAACUCUCAGUCAUUUGUAAAGCCAUUGAACGGUCGUUUCAGGCCAUAUGAUUCUGCUGACAAAGUUUAUGGUAAAAAGUUCACAUCUAUGUAUCAAGAUGGCUACCAACAAAACCAUUGUUUAUCUCCCAUAACAAUUCCGACUUUUGGACAUCCUAGGAAUUCAGAAUAUCUCCAACCUUUCCAGAGUGAAUCUAUUUACCCUGCAUAUUCUCGUGACCCAUGUGACCUAGUUUCAAUAAACCCUAUCAUAUCGAAUAUAGUGUCAUCGUCAGAAUCUCCGCUCCAUGUUGAUUACUGUCCAUCUUCGAAGCAAAACCUAAACAUCGCGUAUCACUUACGUGAUCAAGGAACAAUACCUGACCCUCACGGGUUUCGAAUAAAUUCGGACGUGUCGUACUCCAGGUCAAUAUGCAAUAUGGUCAAUAAUAAUUAUUCGGAUCCUCCAAAUACUUCAAACUGGGUAAAUUUAACAAAUGUACUGCAUCCUACAUAUCAUAUUGGUCUAUCUCCUCAUUCCAGACACGGUAGCUAUAAUCAACCAAUAACUUGUCUGCAUCACCUACACCCAUCAACAUCAUCGGGCAACACAGAGUCGACUGUGUCUGUAAACAACCAUUUGACGUCGGACGUCGUUGCUAUGGCUGCAGCGUCACUCCCACCACUGCAACCGGCUUCAAGAUUUCGUAAGGCUCGGAUACAUGAAACCGUAGAGCAGUGGUCCUAUGGUCGGUUUUCUGUACACGAUUGUCAUUUAAAAGCUGUCCCUGACUGGGUUAGUGAGCUUCAAAAAAGGUCGUUUGUACGCGAGAAAGCUGUUACAACUUUGGCAAACAAAAGAAUCAAGUGUUUGUCAUGUUUCAUACCAAAAGAAGAUAAAGAAUUAUCUGUGUUCCCACGAGCCACACAUGACUCUGCACAUGUCGGUGCUUCUGUCGACCCACAUUCCAGACACGCUCAUGAGAGAGUAGAUGCCCUGGAGAAUGAAUUAGAGGCUCAAUCAAUGGUUUUGAGUAAUGGGUUUGCAGGAACUAAUCUUUUCUCUUUUUGGAAUAAUGGUCUGCGUGUUCAUAGUCAAGUUCCUUUCACGGCUAUUCACAUACGCAGUUCUGAACCAGUUUAUGAUUCUUGUGGGAAUUGCGAUAACGCUUCGCAAGAUGUCAUUGAAUUGGAAUGUAAGGAUCAGUCAACCUGUGCAAUCAACGGCCAUUACGAACAUUCCGACUCUGUUGACUCUUUAUCGCAAAGAGAAAAUAGAAUUCAGGGUGACAAAAUCGAAUUUCCAGAUAGUUCUGCAACUCCUCUAUAUGCUUCAGACCCUGCUACUGCGUAUUUGCGUCGACAAAACAUGGGUAUAUCAAAUUACGUAAAUAAGCUGUCAAUUGUUACGGAGUUGGAACAACAUUAUGAUGACUCAGCAACCGCACCUCUAAAAACUUCAGAUAUGGCUACUGUUACCAAAUCAGAUUCCACCUAUACGGAUUCCAAAAAGGUUUCCAACCGUACCUCUGAAUGUGGCAAUUCGCAUAUGGAUGAAAUUUGUUGCUGUAAAACUUCGGAAGCUAUUUCAAAUAAUGCUCCUCCAGUUAGUCCAAAUUCUAGUUUCGUUCCCAACAGGCCUCAUCAAAUUCCACUUGAAUUACAAAUUUCAGCGGAAAUUUCGAAAUCUAGACUCCGAUUGUUAGACUUACUACCCGAUGAUGAUAACAACCUGGGACGCGAAUGUACUAACAUAUUAUCUAUAGAUCCAAAUGUACAACGUCUGAUAAAUACGGAAGGUGCAAAACUGAUCAACAAAUGCGAAUCUGAAUAUAGUUUUUCAAAAUCUAACAAUUCGGGUGGUUUUUCUAUGAAAUCAUUAAAAAAUAGUGGAUCUUACUCGCAAUCUUGUCGCCGUUCAAAAAGCUUUGAUGACAGCUCGUGUAUUAGUCGUUUGAAUAGAAUUAAAAAUAAUAGGUUGUACAAUUCUGACAUCGUUAAAAGGACAUGCGCUCCUUUAACUGUUAAUAAUGUGACCAGUUCUGGAUCACCAAAAGGUAUAAAGUUCCCUAGCGAUUUUGCCGAGGAAGUUGAAUACUACCAAAAUUCCAGAGAAUCUUCGCUAUUAUCAGAUCGUCUCGAGGCUCGAAUCCGUGCUAGUAUGGAGGCCAUUCGUUCGACAUUAGUCAAUAGUUUUCGAGAUGAAUUGGCAACUGUUCUGGCUGAGAAUGUCAAUUUACGUUCAGAAAUAACUCGAUUAAACUCAGAGUUAACGCUUAUCCGAAGUUAUCAGCAUGCCUUCUUUGCUAUUCGACCAUUUGUCCCACCUGGCUUAUGGGAAAAUAUUUGUGUUCAACAUGGAUUACCUGUAUCAUCUUUUGAUUCAGAGUACCAAUCACCUUUUAACCCCCAGGUUUCCCGGUAA